GAGAGAGAGAGAGAGAGAGAGUCGUUAUUGUAGAUCAGCAAUAUACUGUCAUUUUACACAUCUUUUACUACAGAGUUUCUAAAAAAAAAAAAAAAAAAAAAAAAACAAUUGAUAUCAUUAUGUGCAUGUAUUUUAUCACUGACAAUCCAUUCUUGAUAUACGAUAAAUUACUUACAGAUACGAAUGUAGAAUGAUUUACAAGGGCGGUGGAAAAGCUUAUCGUUAAACGUCCGAUAUGAAAUUACACUGCUUUAUGAUGCCCAAUGCAAAUAAAUGAGAAAUGAUAACAAUCAGAAAUCAGUUGGUAUCGCAUUCAGUCCGUUUUAUUUUCUUGCAGACCUUGAUGACUUAAAAGAAGACGUAAAAAUGGACGACGUCGCAAUAAGGACAUUUGGAGAACCUGAAUCAUUACAAUUAAUUAAAUUGUUCCAAGAUAAGAUUGACACCCUGAACAAAUCGGACAAUUGUAUGAAAAUAAUUAUUACCCGGGAAAACAAUGAAUAUCGAGUUGUGAUUGAGUGCAAUAAAAAACCAAAACCACAAGAAUAUGCAGAUAAUAAACAUGCAUUCAUGAAAAAGUGGUUAGAAGACAUUAAGGGAGGUACCUUGAAAGUUGACGAUGAAGAGGAAAGGGCCAUUGUUGAAAAAGAAUUGGAAAAGAACAAAGUCUGUUUUACAAUUUCGGAGAAAAAUUUACAUUUUCGCAUAUAUACAAGAAAGGAAGAAGAACUGAAACAAAUUAUGAGAAACAUGCACAAACUUCUUCAAAGAACUUAUGUAGAUGAUUCCUUGUCCCAAACUAAAUCCACAACACAGUCAGCAGCAGAAGCAUCUGUUAAACCCCCCAAGGACAUCCCCCAAAAAGACGAUGAGAAAGUAACAACCACAUCUAAGAAAACAACUACUGGGAGUUCAAAAGGCGAUGCAAAAGUAACAACCGCAUCUGUGAAACCUCCUACUGGGGGUUCAAAAGACGAUGCGAAAGUAACAACCGCAUCUGUGAAACCUCCUACUGGUGGUUCAAAAGACGAUGCAAAAGUAACAACCGCAUCUGUGAAACCUCCUACUGGGGGUUCAAAAGACGAUGCGAAAGUAACAACCGCAUCUGUGAAACCUCCUACUGGGGGUUCAAAAGACGAUGCGAAAGUAACAACCACAUCUAAGAAAACAACUACUGGGAGUUCAAAAGGCGAUGCAAAAGUAACAACUGCAUCUGUUAAACCUCCUACUGGGGCUUCAAAAGAGGAUGGGAAAGGAAAAGCCGCAUCUAUGGAAUUUCCAACUGGGGGUUCAAAAGAGGAUGGGAAAGAAACAAGCACAAAAGCGGGCAAACAAAAGAUAAAUAAAUCAAAUAUUAUCGCAGCAGACUCAAACAGACUACAAAAUCACGUGCCAGAGCGCGAUUCAAAAUCUGCUACCGAAGCCAAAACCAAUUCACGAGUCCCAAAAAUGAAACUGGAUAUUACCUUGAAGGAUGGAUUGAUAGUAAGGAUAUACAAGGCUGAUAUCACAGCUAUCACUUUGGACGCCAUUGUAAACCCAGCCAAUGGCACACUUCAAAAUACGGGUGGUGCUGCAUAUGCCAUAUCAAAGGCUGCGGGUGUUAAAUUUGACAGAGAGUGUGAAAAGAAAAUGAAGGAAAGGAAGCGCAUCAAAACAACAGAAAAUGUUUUGACAACAUCAGGAGAUCUUCCCUGCAAGUAUGUUAUCAAUGCAGUAGGGCCUCAGUGGGUAGACUACAAAGACAAAAUGGAUUGUCUUUACGCUCUAGAAAAAACGAUCAUAAACAUUCUUGAAACUGCAGAGAAACAAGGAAUCGUCUCCGUUGCAACACCACCCAUAAGUUCAGGUAUAUUUCGAGUACCUUGGGAAUUGUGUGCACCUAUAUACGUAAACGGUAUAGCGAAAUUUGGAAGCAAACAAAGACGCUUUCUACAGGAGGUGCAUUUAGUGGAUUUAGCAGACGACAUUCUGGAUUUGUCUUGUACCUUCUAUCAGGAAUGGAACAAGAAUAAAAAGUUGGACAUAAAACAGUUGCUUCAAAACUUCGCCCGGAAAAACCCACAGUAUAUGUCCAGAGCUGCCGUACAACAGAAAACAGAUAGAGAUCCUCUGUCUGAGGAAAAUUCUUCUCCAAAGGCGUGUGAAUAUUUGGAAAAUUCAAAAGGAAAACUAAAGUUUAUGAUAGUUGGAAAAGUGCAAGUAUUUAUAUACAGAGACAACUUAGUGAAAGCUGAAGGUAUUGACGUGCUUGUGUCACCUGAAAACAAUGCGUUUACUGGAAGCGGAGCACUCGCCCAGAGUAUACUAAAAGCUGCUGGUUGGCAAUACCAACAGCAGCAUCAGAGUAUACAGCAGAAAGUUUAUCAUAGUGGAAAAGCACUCAUGCGUGGUGAAAUCCGUAUCAUUUCUGCAGGAGAUCUGAAAUAUAAAUACGUGUUGAAUGUUGUUGUCAACCGACUUUCAAAUAAUCGCCCUCCUGGGAAGACGGAAUUGCAUGAAUUUAAAUGCAUGCUUAAGCAUGUAUUAGAGAAUUUGGAUGCACUUGCACUGUGCAACAUGAAACAAAGUCAUGACAAUUUCAGACUGAGUUCGAUUGCCAUGCCUUUGCUUGGAGCAGGUGGGAUUACGAAUCCAAUUUUCCUUGAGAGUAUAUGCUCCACUGUAUAUGAAGCGAUAGAAGAAUACACGGAAACUGCCCGGAAGUCAACCCUGAAAGAGAUACAUCUCGUGAGCUACCUGGAGGAGACAAACACUGCAUUCGCGAAAGUUUUCUUAGCCAUAUCAAAACAAGAUUACCUUCAUUUUCGCCAAAAGCCCCCAACACAAAGACCCAUGUCAGCAUCUCUUAAGUACGGAGAGGAUUUAAGAAACAGAGAUCCCGUGGAUAUUUGGAAAAUGGGGACGAGAAAGAUUCAACCAGAUUUUCAAAAGUUUGUCGACGAAAUCAAGAAUCCGCCACCAGAUAAUUGCGUCAUAUGCAUGGAUACCUUCACAAAACCAGUUAAGUUGAGAAAAUGCAACCACAUUUUUUGUAAAGAGUGCAUCAUGGUCUUUUUCUCAAUGAAAUCAGCAUGCCCUGUUUGCAAUUGUAUAUAUGGUACUAUAUACGGCGAUCAACCGAAAAAUGGAACAGCCACAAUAUACCAAGAAAAGACGUCGUUGCCUGGUCAUAAAGGUGGAACAUACGUCAUAGUUUACGAUUUUCCGAAUGGAACACAAGAGGAAUGUCACCCGGUCCCAGGAUCCUUUUUCAAGGGCACACGUCGCCUGGCAUACUUACCCGCCACCAAGGACGGUACUCCAAUUUUACACAUGCUAGAGAGAGCCUUCAAACAGGGGCUGAUAUUCACCGUAGGGUCUUCCAGGACAACUGGGUACAGCAAUGUGGUUACUUGGAACGACAUUCACCACAAAACCAGAACCACAGGAGGCCCGGAGAGGUUUGGCUAUCCUGAUCCAGAUUACCUCUUGCGCGUGCGCGAGGAACUGGAAGCGAAAGGGAUCACGGACAGGGAAGACUUGGAUCAGAAGUAGAGAGGAUCCGAUCCUUGAUGUUUUGUGAAUAGUUGCAAUGAAAACUCGUGAAUGUUUUGGUUCGAUUUUCUUUAUGUAAAACACAUACGGCUUUUACAUGUGUAUACAUUCAAUUGCCAUUUGAACAGUAUUCCGUGUUUACAAGUUCCAUACUUGAGUACAUGUACGCUUGAUUACUCCAUCCAGCUAGAAUUUAGCGGCGAUUCUUUUAUUCUACAUUAACAUGUAUUAUUUUUGUAUGUUUUUAUCUUUAUUAUAUCUUAUUUUUACCUUCAUUUCAUAGUAAUUUUUUUAAUACCACAAGUUGUAUUCGUUAAUCGAUAUUGUUACAUAUAGAAGUAGCUUGUGAUAAAUGUUUAGUGCUACUGUUGAUACUGAGUUUAGGAAAUGGCAAAACCUUUUAAUGUUUGGAAUGUUUUUCUCGUGUUUUCAAAAGCAUAAUUUUAAGAUAUACAUGUCUUCAUUCAA